GUUCAGCCGGGACAUCGACCUGGUUGACAAGGAGGUGCCCUUUUACGCUGCGAUGAACAUGGCCAACAUAGCGUCUAUGUCUCUACUCGUCGUUGUACUCUGCAUUCCGUCUGCGUAUUUUGUCUUCAUCGUGGUUGUGACUUCAGUUCUCUUUCUGGGACUGAUGAUGGUUUCGUUGCCAUCUUUUCGUCAAGUGCGCAGGUUGCAGUCUGUGAGCCGAUCACCUGUCCUGUCUCACUUCGGCGAGACCAUUUCAGGGGCCCUUUCGAUUCGAGCCUUUGGUGCCACGGAACAUUUCGUUAAAACUCUGGAGUAUCUCCAAGACAACAGCGUCAACUGUCACAUCCAUGCCGCGUCUCUUGACGGGUGCCGCAUGGUUCUCGUGCAACUCCUGACCUCGCUGCUGUCUUUUGGGGCAGCGCUGGUGACCGUCCUCGUCAGGCAUUCUUUGGACCCCGGAAUGGUCGGAAUGGUUCUCUCUUACACGCUCCAGAUGGCGGACGAAGUGUCGUUGGUGGGCUUGAUGUCCGUCAUGCUGACUGCCAGUCUGGUUGCUGUGGAGAGGGUCAUGGAAUACUUCAACUUACCGCAGGAGGCGCCUUGGAGGAAUGCGAAGGUUCAGCCUGCCGCCGAUUGGCCCACUCUAGGCGAGGUGACCUUCUCGGACUACAGCGCCGCCUACCGGAACGGUGAUAAGCCUGUUCUGCAGAACAUCAACUUUAAGUCUCCUGGGGGUCAAAAGGUUGGUGUUGUGGGGAGGACCGGUGCUGGGAAGUCCACUUGCGCGCUGGCCCUGUUCAGAGUCGUCGAACCCAAGAGCGGGUCCAUUGUUGUGGACGACGUGGAUGUCACCGAGAUCGGCUUGCACGACCUUCGCUUGAAAAUGACCAUCAUUCCUCAGGAUCCCGUGCUGUUUGCUGGAACGUUACGCUGGAACCUGGAUCCUUUCAACGAACAUCCAGACGAGGCUCUUUGGAAAGCCCUGGAACAGGCGCAUCUCAAGGACUUCGUAUCCAGUCAAGAAUCGGGUCUUGACUGCGACAUUGCAGAGGGAGGCGACAACUUAAGUGCUGGACAAAGACAACUCGUGUGCCUGGCACGAGCUCUCCUGAGGCAGAGCAAAGUCCUAGUCCUGGACGAAGCGACGUCAUCGGUGGACCUUGAAACCGAGCGUCUCGUGAAAGAGACUACGCGCACGGAGUUCCAAUCCACGACCGUCAUUACAAUCGCGCACAAGCUCCACACCGUCAUGGAUUGUGAUCAGAUUUUGGUGCUGUCUGCAGGAGAAAUCGUCGAGCAAGGUUCUCCCUCAGAUCUUCUAAAAAUCAAGAACGGGCUGUUCUUCAAAAUGGCGCGGGAUGCGGGUCUCACGUGACACUAGCAGCGUGGGUUCUCCGCCUCAAGAUGUCCCCUCACAAAACACUGUUUGCCGCGUAGCUGGUGUAGGUGCUGCAACAGGGCCGACGCAGGGUUGGCUUCAAACAACAUGACUCGCCAUCUAUCCAGCCAUAGCCAGAGACAGCUCAAGAAACGCAGGGCGUGGCCUAUUCUGUUCACACGUUUUGCCUCAUAAUUUGUUUUUUGGCGUGCAGAGGUUGUAUUGGCUGCGGAGUCAAAAUAAAGGACUCGGCAUUCACCACACCCUUUUUUUUAAAUUAUUGUAA